UGACACGGAGGACUUUACUUCUAGCAUCAAGUGGCAGUGGCUCUUCAAUAUCAUGGCAGCUGAAGGGGUCAUUGGUGUCUUAGGAAACCUCUUAGUGUGCUUUGUCAUUCUACGCGUCAAAUUCCUACACAGCAUGACAAACUAUCUGCUGGUGAAUUUGGCAGUGGCUGAUAUGCUGCUGUGCCUGCAAGAGUUUUUCUUAUAUCUGAUGUAUUCAGACAUUUCACUACUUGAUUUUGUGCCAACAAGCGUUGGUGGGAGAGAACUUUACUGCCGCCUUCUUGGUUCAGACUUUUUAGCAUGGGCUUUGGUCUAUGCAUCUGCUUACAAUCUCUGUGUGGUAACAUUAGAGAGAUACGUUGCAAUUGUGCAUCCAUUGCAAUAUGAAAGGAAACUCACAGCAACACGGAUGAAAUCUCUGAUUGCUCUGAUCUGGGUGAUUUCAUUUCUCUUUUCUUCACCUUAUUUAUUUACGAUUGAAUCAAGCACUGAUCCUGAUCAGGCUUGCUCUAAAUUAAAAGACCAUCAUCAGGAAUUUCAAAUGCUGUUGAAAGUGUUUACAUUCUUCAUGGGUUACUUGCUGCCUAUAACAUUAAUGAGUUUGGCAUACUACAAGAUACAAGUCACUCUCAAAAGACAAGCAAAAGCCCUGAACCUGCGACAUGCAAGGGCAGCAGCCUAUGAUCUUGUGAUUGCUAGACAGCGUCUGGUCAGCAUGCUUAUGAUUGUCUUAGGAGCUCUCAUCAUCCUAUGGACACCAGUUUACACAGCCAUUCUUGUCUGUGCAUAUCCACUACACAAGGGUCUAAUUUCAUUCUGUGAUUCAGAUACCUAUGAAUUCAUUGUUGAAUUUAUGGAUUUUUUCCACUAUUUCAAUUCAGUCAUCAACCCUAUCAUCUAUGAGCUGAAAUACAAGAAAUUCCGAAAAGGAGUUAAGGUAGCUUUUUGCAGCUGUGUCAAAAGAAAAUGGAAUAACAGAGUUGACAUUGAGAUGGUGCCAAAAUGAGAAUAAAAAUACAUGUACACCAGGUAUGUUGCCAACUAUUUGCAGAAGAUUUGCAAAAGGUAUAGCUUUAUAAGGUUGUGUAUAUUGCAUUAUAAGGAGUUUAUUUUA